UUUUAGUUCGCAACGCUGCAUAAAAUUUAUCUAUUCUACACUAUUCCCAAUGGAUGUCUCAAUAGUAUGUGUUUUGAUUUUUUCAUUAUCCCAGUUCCACCACAAUCAAAUCGUGCCAUUCCUAUCUGGCCUAUCUGUCACCAGUCAACCAUCAAAAUUACCUUUCGCUGGCCGACAACUGGGGGAGGCGCCAGCGGCAUCCGGCAACGCCGACGCUGAUCACGCUACUGUUUCACGCAUGCAAACUUGGGAAUCUAGAAAAUCAACCGCAUGGAGUCCGUAUCUGAACGUUGACAAUACUGGUUUUGGCCUUCCCUGAUUUACUUUAGCACCGUCCUUUGCCCGUAAUUCCAAGUCCUUGUUAUGUCCAAACGGG